AUGGUUCCAAUUGCUAGUCAAUAUGGCUCAAAAGGCGUUUGUAUGGGUGCCACCGAUAAUGCUCAAACUCAAUCGAAUCAAUAUUGUAUUACAUUUCUUGUUAAAUUCAAGUCAUCUGAUGUUAUCAGACCAACGAUAGUCCAAGGGUUGCGGCUUCUCCAAUCAAUACUGUAUUUCAAAGUCAAUCAGUUUUCUCUAUCGAAAUAUCAAUUUCUUUCAACCACCCAACACGUAACGGUGCUUGUAUCUACCUUCGAACUGGUGUCGUUCGUUUUUCUGUCACCCCAUGAAUUUCUGGUCAUUUCUAUUAUGUUACUUUCGACAGUGAUUUUAGGUAUGGAUAGUAGUAUAAACAAAGGUCUCGAAUCGGUACUGAGCAAUGACCCAACAUUCUGGGUAUUCAUCAUCUGA